AACCACUACUUUCUAAAGCUGGGGUCAGCUUCCAAAAUAUCUUUUUUUUUUUUUUUUUUUUUUUUUUUGGUACUAGGGAUUGAACUCAGGGGCACUUAACCACUGAGCCAUAUCCCCAGCCCUUUUUUUGUAUUUUACUUAGAGACAGAGACUCACCAAGUGGCUUAGGGUCUCCCAAACUGCUGGGAUUCUGAAAUAUCUUAAUUAAAACAAACUACGUUAAAGACCCCCAAACUACCUCCAGCAUGGUUUUCCUUUGAAUCUCUUUCAUGGGAAAUGGGCCGGAGUCACUCUAAGGCUCACUCUCGGGUCACCAAAGUAGCCCCUCUGGAAAACAAAGGAGCAGACACUCCUUCAGCUGGCCCUAUGGAUUUUGCAUUUAAUCAGAACCUAGAAGAAAAGAGCUCAUAUUCGUUGACAAGACUACAGGACCGGAAUGAAAUUCUGAAUGGCCAGCUGCCACCUCUUCGAGAAACCUGGUAUGGAAGAUAUUCUACAGCACCCAGGGCCAUGUAUUUUGACAUCCCACUGGAACGGGGAGAAACAAGUAUUAUUAAAAGGCAUCCACCUCGAAGACUUGAAAAGCUUGAACCCAUUGACCUGCCACAAGUAAUUACCUCCGAAAGACUCCUGAACCAGCAACAAACCUGGACAAGGCACAAAGCAAAGCAAAAACUGGAAAAGAAAAUGCAAACUCCAACAUAUACUUCUGGGAAAAGACAAUAUUUGCAUAAAAUGCAAAUGCUGGAAAUGAACCAUAGAAGACAAGAGGUCCAAAUGGAGUUGAAGAAGAGUCUUCAUAGGGAAGAAAGAAUUACUAAGCAAAACCUUAAAGUCAAGAAAAUUCUUCAAAGCAUCCCAGGGAAUGAAGAUGAUGACCUUCUAACCACGUUAUCUGAUGAAACCAUGAACAGAGGCCCAGACAUUGACCAAUGGAUUGGCUCACUGAAGCUGGCAAGAUCUAUCAAUUCUUAAAUUAUCACAUUUCCUCCAAUAUUUCUCCCGCCCUUUAAAAAAAAAUUGGGCACAACAACCAAGAAGAGAGCCUCAGUGAAAAUUAGACACUCCAACAACUCAUCACUUAAGACCUAAAAGGAAACCAACAUUGGAAAAGGCUUUGGAAUACACCCCAAGACCUGGAGGGGCCCAGGAGAGACUGUGGCACACAGAAAAGGGGGUUUUCCUCUGCUGUCCUGGGCUUUUUUAAGUGGUUCCAUUUUGUUGAAGUUGAGGUUUGUUGAGUGUGCAUGAUAAACCAGUCUGUGCUCCUCCCUUAACAGAUAUUGUCUCCUUUAAUUCUCAUACAACUUAGAAUGUAGGACUUACUACUGUGCACUCCAUGUGACAGCCAGGAUUCAAAGUCCGGACUUUUUUACCCAUCAGCUCACACAGGCUCAUCAGGACCCCAAGGACUCAGAGCUCUGUGCAGACACCUCAAGAAAGCCUGCAAACCUAUCAGCUGAGACUCCUCAACCCUCCCUUUUAGAAGAAGGCUGCACUCUGGGGCUUCUAAAAUGAACAGAAUUGACCUGCUUGGUCUCCUGCCCCUCAGCUCUCCCAGGGUGGGACAGAAAAAGUGACACGGGCAGAAGUCAAGCCACUCACCAGGCAGGGAGGUGAAGCACAGCCUGGUCAUGAACUCCUGGGGAGCUUUCAAAUGCUCUGAUUCCUGAGUCCCACCUUCAUCCUACUGAAUGAAUCUCUAGAUAGGGGUCCAGAGAAUUCUACUUUUUAAAAGUCCCAGAACUGACUUUAAAGAUUAGCCAAACUUGGACUCAAUAACCCUUGAGAACUCCCUCAACACUUAAAUUUUAUGACAAUCUUUUCUUUAUAAUG